AUGCCGUCUGUCGAUGGUGCUGACGACGAUCACGACAUGGUCUCCGAUGCCAAAUACAAGGCCAGCACAUCGUCGACGUUUCCGCAGACCCGAGUAAAGCGUAUCAUCAAGGAGGACAAGGAUAUCAUGAACUGCCAAAACGACGCCGUAUUUGCCGUGACCGUUGCGACGGAACUGUUUCUCCAAAAGUUUGCCGAAAUGGCCUACAACCAAGCUCGGAAACGGAACGCCAAAUCGAUUGCAUAUGGCGAUGUUGCUAGCGCCGUCCAGAUGACCGAAAGAUUUCGGUUCUUGGAAGAUGUCGUUCCGCCGACCGUGCCCCUCCGUAAGGCUCUCAAGCAGCGCGAGACGCUCCAAAAAUCGGAGGAGCAACAGCACGACGAGGAAGAGUAGACACGGACGGCCCGCAGACACCGCUCGUAUCUUGUGCUGUAACGACGCAAGCGAUCUGUGUCUGCGGGCUGACUGCAUCGGAUUCGAUCGGUCCUGCACCGUUCCAAUACAAUCAGACGGCUCGCCGCCGAGCCGAAAUGACCAUGCUUCCCCUCGGAUGCUCUCCAUACUGCAUUCGACAUGCAUCGUCUGGUAUUGGACAUGCAUCUUCUGGUAUUGGACAUGCCUCCAU